UGCUGCCAUGUGCAUCCAGUGAUAUGUUUCAUUCAGCACACACAAAUAUUUUGGAACCUGAGAAUUGCUAGUAUUUUUCUAGGCUGGUUCGAUAGUUUUUGAUAAUUAUUUGAUGCAAUAAUAGUAAUAAUAAUUUGACCAAGUUAGUGAUAAAUCUUUCAACACCGUUAUAUCAAAAGGGAAUAAGAAUAAAAAUAUCGUGCGAUGGGAAGAAAAACAAAUUGGGCCGAGAAACCAAAAACAGGACCUGGGCGUAAAGCACGAAAGCAGCCACCCCCUGCUUUUGAGAGGGAUGGGAAGAAAGGUGGUGAACUUAGAGAGAAGAGAGAGCGUAAACGUUUAAGCAAUACAGUUAGACCUGCAGAAAAUGAGAGGGGAGGUGUGCGAAGGCCCCCACAGAAGCGUUUCCAGUCCAGUACCCAAAAUGAGGACAGAGGAGGUGCGACAACAAGGCCACUUAGGAAACGGUUUCCGGACAAGAAUGUAGGAGAGGAAGAUGUGGCGAAAAAACCCAGAAAAGUGGGGGCAGCUCCUAAGGAGGAGGAGGAGGACGAGGAUGAGUCGUUUGGCAACAACGAUGAACCGAUGACAUUGGAGAGCAGACUACGGAAAUUGUCCGACAUGAAGCCCACUGGAAAAGGUGAUGGUACAAGUGGUUCUCCUACUAGGAAUAAUCGGAAGGAAAAGCCAGCCCGUUUUAAGAAACAAACCGUUUACAAGUCUGAUUCAGAAGAAGACGAGGAGAAAGAGGAAGAGUCAACUGCCAAGUUAGACUCGACCUUUGCCAUGAGUGACGAUGAUGAUGACGAAGAAGAAGAUUUGCUGCCCUUUGAAAAAGAAUCAGUUGAAACCGAAAAAGAGACUGCAAUGGAUAUGGAAAUGUCAGAGGCUGAGCUUAAAUCUCAAAUGGAAGAUUCUGAAAAGUUCCAGUUUCCAGAUGCUGACGAGAUUGAAGGUGCUGAUAUGCAGCAAGUCAAUGAUCGCAUUCGUGACGUCAUCAGUACACUUUUAAAUUUUAAGGAUAAAAGAGAAGAAGGAAGAACACGAUCAGAAUAUACGGACCUGCUGCUUCAUGACUUGUGCAAAUAUUACGGAUAUAAUGAAUAUCUUAUGGAAAGAUUUAUGGCAGUUUUCACUCUAGGGGAGCUGGUAGAUUUGUUGGAUGCAAAUGAAAAUCCAAGACCGUUGACUAUUCGAACAAAUACUCUAAAAACACGAAGGCGUGAAGUUGCACAAGCAUUAAUUUCUAGAGGUGUUAACUUGGAUCCUGUUGGAAAGUGGUCAAAGGUCGGUCUCGUAAUUUACUCCUCUCAAGUACCCAUUGGAGCUACUCCAGAAUAUUUAGCUGGCCACUACAUGAUUCAAGGAGCUGCUUCAUUCCUUCCGGUCAUGGCGUUGGCACCUCAAGAAAAUGAAAGGGUGCUCGACAUGUGUGCUGCACCAGGAGGAAAAUCGACUCAUUUGGCUGCUCUGAUGAAAAACACAGGAGUUUUGUUUGCCAAUGAGUUUAACAAGGAUAGAGCAAAGUCGCUAAUUGGAAAUUUUCAUCGGAUGGGAGUAAAAAAUUCAGUCAUAUGCUCCUAUGAUGGCAGAAAAUUUCACGAAGUUAUGAAAGGAUUCGAUAGAGUUUUAUUGGAUGCCCCUUGUUCAGGAACUGGAGUUGUAUCCAAAGACCCGGCUGUCAAAGCACAAAAAGACGCAAAAGACAUUCAACGAAAUUCUACAAAACAAAAGGAUUUAAUUUUAACUGCUAUUGACUGUCUUGAUGCAGGAUCAAAGACUGGUGGUUACCUUGUUUAUUCUACUUGUUCCGUUUUGCCUGAUGAAAAUGAAGCUGUUGUAAACUACGCGUUGAGUAAAAGAAAUGUCAAGUUGGUUCCAACAGGCCUUGACUUUGGCACUCCUGGCUUUGCGAACUUCCAAGGAAAGAGGUUUCACCCCACAUUGAACCUCACAAGAAGAUUUUAUCCUCAUUCUCACAACAUGGAUGGGUUUUUCGUUGCAAAGUUAAAGAAGUUUAGCAAUUCCAUUCCUGUUAAUGUCCAAGAAGUAGAUGAAGAAGAAGAAUCAGAGAAAGCUGGUCAAGCUGAAGAAAUUGCAGAAAAAUUGACCAAGAAGAGAAAUAGAAAACAAAAUAAAGCUUAGUUAUUAUUGUUUCCUAAUAUACAAGCUCCGUUUAUCCGCGACAUACUAUUAUUGUUUCUAUCAAUAAACUAUAAAUCCGGCUCGUUUUAAAAAUCUCUUUAAAAA